AGAGAAAUGGAGAAGACAGGAGUGUUAUCGGCGAAGGAAGCAUUCGAGAAGCUAGAGAAGGUUGGAGAAGGAACGUAUGGUAAGGUAUAUAGAGCAAGAGAGAAAGCUACUGGAAAGAUCGUUGCACUCAAGAAGACACGCUUACACGAAGACGAAGAAGGUGUUCCUCCCACCACACUCCGCGAGGUUUCCAUUUUGCGAAUGCUUUCUCGCGAUCCUCAUGUCGUCAGGUUACUGGAUGUAAAACAAGGUCAGAACAAGGAGGGGAAGACAGUGCUGUACUUGGUGUUUGAGUACAUGGAUACCGAUCUCAAGAAGUUUAUUCGUAGUUUCAGGCAAACUGGAGAAAAUAUCGCACCCAAAACCGUCAAAAGCUUGAUGUACCAGCUUUGCAAGGGUGUUGCUUUCUGCCACUGUCAUGGAAUCUUGCACAGGGACUUGAAGCCUCACAAUCUCUUGAUGGAUCGAAAAACAAUGAUGCUUAAAAUAGCUGAUCUUGGACUUGCUCGAGCAUUUACUGUGCCCAUUAAGAAAUACACUCACGAGAUACUAACCCUGUGGUACAGAGCACCGGAAGUUCUUUUGGGAGCUACACAUUACUCAAUGGCGGUGGAUGUGUGGUCUGUUGGCUGUAUAUUUGCUGAACUUGUCACCAAACAAGCACUCUUUCCUGGUGAUUCUGAGUUGCAACAACUCCUUCAUAUUUUCAGGCUAUUAGGUACUCCUAAUGAAGAGGUGUGGCCUGGGGUUAGUAAACUAAUGAAUUGGCAUGAGUACCCUCAGUGGAGCCCUAAAAAACUGUCAACUGCAGUUCCAAAUUUGGAUGAGCUUGGACUGGAUCUAUUAUUAAAAAUGUUGCAAUAUGAACCUUCGAAGCGGAUUUCUGCAAAGAAAGCUAUGGAACAUCCUUACUUCGAUGACCUGGACAAGACCAAUCUGUAGGAAAAAUAAGUUGAAAUUUGGGAUGUAGGAAUUUAUGAUUACCGAUUUACUUAAGCUUCUCUCGAGCGCAUGUCAAAAUCUGUUUUAGGAUGAUUAACUUUUGUCAUUUUGUUUUUAAUAUUUGUGGAAUUAUGGAUGGAUUACCCUGGAUUUGGAUCCAUUACUGUCAUUAUCCUCGUUGGUUAUUCGAAAUUUACAAUGUCUACAA